AUGAGUUCAUCCAGUCAAGCGUCCUCCAGAAAAGGCAAGGGUCGCCAAAAGGUGGCCAUGGAAAAAAUUGGAAACGAAAAAAACUUGCAAGUUACUUUUUCCAAACGGCAUUCUGGUCUUCUCAAAAAGGCUAGCGAGCUUUGCACUUUGACCGGUGCUGAAGUUGGCAUGAUUUUUUUCUCGCCUAGUGGAAAGCCUUUUGCAUUUGGCCACCCGGAUGUGAACACAGUUGCUGAUAGAUUCCUCACUGGAAAUACUCGAGUACUUAACCACUCAGAGAAAGUGGUGCAGGUUUAUCGGAGUGAAAAAAUUAUCCAACAGAACCUGGAACUUACCAUAAAUGAGGACGUAAUAGAAGCUGAAAAAAGGCGUCAAGAAGAACUGGAAGAGAAAAAGAAGGGUAGUCAAUAUUCGUUCCCGCGCCCUAUUGAGGAGCUCAGUUACGAAGAACUUGUUCAGUUGAGGGAGUCUUAUGCAAAGUUCAUACAGGAUGUUGCAGUUGAAACGGAGAAACACAAGUCUGGUUUGGUGAGUCCACAUCUUCACGGGACGAAGCCCGACUCUGGGGGAGGAAAGGAUUUUUCAUUUGCUGCUGGUGCCAUGAAUGCUUGCAUAAAGAAGCUCGCCCGGAACCGCCGCCACGCGCCGCCGCCACCGCCACGCGCCACAGCCGAGGGAGCGCCUCAGCCUGCUGAACCUGGAUAUGGGUUCGGUUUCGCCGAAAAGUGGCUGGAUUGGCCGGAAAUCAAGGUUGCAGCCGCGGUUCCUCAACCCCAAAACGCGAUUGCCGUCGGUUUUUUGUCAAAUUUCAGGCCGGGAAAGCUUCAACUAGCUCUGAUACCACCUGUAGGACCGAAUUCCACACCAAGCAGUGCAAAAUCGGGCUCACUUGGAGCUUCCACAACUGCUGCAAUGGUUAUUGAGUUUGUUAUCCUAAAUUACGACUCUCAGAAGCUCGCCCGGAACCGCCGCCACGCGCCGCCGCCACCGCCACGCGCCACAGCCGAGGGAGCGCCUCAGCCUGCUGAACCUGGAUAUGGGUUCGGUUUCGCCGAAAAGUGGCUGGAUUGGCCGGAAAUCAAGGUUGCAGCCGAUCCGCCGGCUUCUCUUCUCCUAUGGAUGGAUACCACACAGGUAAGAGUCACAAAGGCUCAAGCAAUUGGCAUGGAAGACAAAUCACGAAGAAGAAGGCAGAAGAAGAACACGGCAGUCUCUCUUGUUGCUCUCGGGUUCUAUAUGGACAGGUUAGAGUAG